UCGUGCUCCCCUGCCGGGUCGUGGCGACGCCCCGAUGCUCCUCUGUCGCGUCACGGAAAUAACACUAAUUCUCGCCAGACGCUGUGGGAGGAGAUGUUUGUGCUUUCUCCGGGUUUCUCAUAAGGGCAGUUAGAGAGAGCAUUGUGUGCCAUGACCUAGCCAUGACCUCGCAGCAGUAUAUCAAGUCCUCCCAGAAUUGUGCCACUCCAAAUGACAACACAAUUAUCAACUAUAACCACAACAACCUUGCACACACCCAGGGAUUUAUGUAUGGCCAGAGCUUCAGCGGAAGUGAGACAGACGUGAGUACAUCAACUGAAAAUCUGAGUCCAGAAGAACGCUAUGCUUUAGAGCACACUCAACGACAAGAACCUCAGGGCCAAGAGAAUGUUGGGAGUACUCUUAACAAUAUGGCUAGUUCACAGCUCUCUCGGUCAUCAGGAGUGGUGACAAGUGGGACUUCCACUGCAUCCACUGCAAGAUCUAAUGAUUGCAAUGCAUCCAUCAGUAGCAGCACCAAUACACUUAUAAUUCAUAACUCGGUUAGUGACGACCUCUGGAAUUAUAGAUGGACUCCUGGGGGAUACUCCACUCCAAUGGCUGGCAGGAAAUCAAUGUCUUCGAGUCUCCUUGAUGGCCAAGAGAGGGGACCUCCCUUGUACAAUUCUCAGAUUCACCCACUCAAUAUGGAAUCUCUCAAACUGAACUCGUCACUCCUCAACUCGUCUACGCUUGAUCCUUCGGCCAUCAAUUCCAAUCUACUCGCAUCCUCGUUGAAUUCUUCCAUCUUGGACUCCUCAGCAUUGGCCCAAAAAGCAUCUGUGCCUUCUUACCUUAGCCAAAACAAUAUUCCAGGGUCACCCAAGUUCUCUUCCCAUGCUGCCAUGAAGUAUCAAACUGCCACAGAUUUACCAGAUAUCCCUUCCUCAUAUUUAGACCAAUCUGAGGUACUUAAACAUCUUCUAAAACAUGAGGGCAAAGGAAGUGGAUGUAGUGACCAGAGUGCUUCCAGUUCUAAUAGUGGAAUCAAUUUGGCAACUGAAGGUGCUGGAACAAUGAUGAGGGAUCUGUCAAGAGCUCCAUUGUUUUAUGAUUUGGAUUGCACUGUUAACUAUGACUUAAUGACUCUGCCGCCUCCACCAGCAUACCCUGUGUGGAGAUUGAAAGAGCCUGAAAAACACGAGCAACAAGGAGAAUUAGUAAAGCACGGAAUGGAAAAGUCACAUUUGUCAAAGUCACAACCAGAUCUUACCAAGUUGAAUAAUGCCAAAGAAGCCACUAGUCCAAAGGAACUGCUAAGCCAGAGAGUUGUGUCUGGACAAACUGACAUUGCAGAUAGCCCUAUGCAGGAAAUGGCUGAUAUUUUAGUUCAAGAAAACAGUGCUCUGAAAAUGGAAGUGGAUAUGUACCACAGGAAAGUUGCCAAACUUCAAAGGGAAGCCAGGCCUGGACAAAUCUGGUACAGAUCUAGGAGCCACCUUCAAAAUUUUGAAAUGGAAAUUAUCAAGGUUCAUGAAGCACAUGAGGCCCUGGUGAAAUCAUCUGAACGAAGGGAACAUCUCGAGCGACUUGCACGCCACAAACUCCAUGCCGAGGUUAAGCGACUCACUGAGCUUAAUGCAGAUCUAAAGGAUCAGGUUGAUGUUCUCUCUACUCAAAUUGCUAACCGUCCGUUGCCUACAGAUACCAGUAGUUCUGAUGCGCUUCGUAAGGAACUAAAUAAACGGGAUUUAUUCAUCGCACAGCUUGUUUCACAGAAUAAAGAGCUGAUUGCUGCUAAGGAACGACAGGAAAUUGAGUUAACUGCCCAAAGACAGACUCUCAACGAACAACGAACACACAUAGAUAUAUUAGACUCUGCCCUAACUAAUGCACAAGCUAAUGUAGUAAAGCUUGAAGAGGAGUUACGAAAGAAGCAGAAUUUGGUGGAGCAAGCUGGACAACUGAAGCGGCUCCUGGUAUCCCUUCAGUUAGCAGCUGAUAGACGGGAACAGUCUGAAAACAACCUGCGUCAUAAACUGGAGAAGGAAAUAGAGCAGCUACGUCUUGGUACCAAGCAGGAUGGUCCUGUGAGCAAACUGAGUGAUCUGCGACGGGAAAUUCGGGAAAAAGAUGAGAAAAUAAUGAUUCUGGAAGGGGAGGUCACGAAAUGGGAGCAGCGCUACCUGCAAGAGUCAGCAAUGAGGCAGCUUGCCAUUGAAGCUGCAUCCAUGCCCAAAGAUGCCAAAAUUGCUGCCUUAGAAAAGACUAGCCAGGAGAGUGAGCGCCACAUCGCUCAGGCAAAGUCUGAUAAACUGCGCCAAAUGGACGAGCUCCACACCAUGAGUAAGAAGCAAGCAGAGUAUGAGGCCAGGAACCGUGAACUGGAAAGUCUUGUAGCAGAGCGUGAUGCCAUGAUACGUGUUCUUCAAAGACGAGCAGAGGAAAAAGAGGCACUGUACCAAAAAGCUCUCUUGAGAAAGUCUCUGAACAUUGGAAAAAGUUUGGAUGGCCGAAGCAGCAUCAGUAACUCCAGCAUGGUCCACAGUACUCAGGCGUCAACAGCUCAUUCACACAGCAGUAGUGGAGCAGGAGGGGCUGGGGGUGGUUCCAGUGCCCCUGGUACACCGAGACGAGAUGAAGAGCUCGGCUGUGCCCCGCCCAUCCCUCCGUUCCCUUCCAUGAGCCACACGUCUGUGAGUGCUUCCACCACAAAAUCUAAUGCCAUCAAUCCAUACUUGGACCUUGCAUCAAAUUCCUUGACAUCAGCGUGUAUUGCCUCUACUUCAUCUGCAUCAUCCACCUCGUCAGUUUCGAUGGGACAAGAAAGUCAGGCUUGCGGUCGGUUGAGUGGUUCACGCGAUGCAGUUGACGAGAAGAAAAGAGUGGACAGCUGUGGUGGAGCAAGCCAAUCGUCAGGAAGAGUGCCUGACUUGGAUUCCUUGAGUGCAGAUGACCUGCUAGUUGAUGUCGAUGAUGGCAUGCAUGGAAAGCUGCGUGUGGUGUGUUUUCCAGGACUGGCUCAUCCUAGCUCUGCAGCUGGAGAAGGCACGGUAUCCCAGCCACUACUGGCGCGUGUAGAGCCUCAUCCCUCCUUGCUCCUACCUUCUCAACACCUUACCAGUGAUCAGUCACACCCAGGCCUCAAUAGGGGUAUGGAUCAUACUUCCUUGGUCCACACACACACCCACAAUGAUGUUCCUGCCCUCUCCUGUCCACCAUAUGAUCCUCCACCUUCGUAUCCUUUGGAGAUGACAAAUAAUAUUCCUCCCCCAACUCUAAGAGACAUGUCAUCCAUGGCAACUGCUCAGUCACAAUUGGGGCAUGAAACUGCACUGCAAGCAGUGAAUCUACGAUCAACUAGUCAUGUACGUGGUAAUCCUCCUCCUUAUCAUGGCCAUCACGAGGUACUCUCUCAACAGUUUGGAGGUACAGGGUUACAGUCAUCACCUGUUCAUUCUACUGAGCAGAUUCCUAUUCCAUUAAUGCCAGGUAGUCCACCAAUGAAUUUUAAUCGUCGAAUGGGUCCUAAAAUGUCUCCCAGUGCACCUAAUCUUUCUACUGAUAUGCCUGUGCCACGUCCUCCCAUGUGUCAUAAUCCGCAUCAUCCAACAGUUGCAUGUAGAAAAUGUAACAGCGUACGUAGCAGUAACAGACAAAAUGCCGCUAUCUUAGUUCGGCGAGCUAACUCGAGUGCAGGUCACACUUACAGAAAUUCUGCACCUCUUGUAGCAUGCCAAGGAGGAAUUGAUACAGAUGAUGCCCCAAGUAUCCUAGCUCGUCUUAGAAGAGAGUGGGAAAUGGGCAAUAUUCCAUCUUGUGGAAAUAGUUCACUACCACAGAGUUUGUCAUCUGAAACAGAUACACAGCAACUAACUCUCUCUUCGGGUGCUGCUUCUAGGAAUAAUAAUUCACAGAAUUCUGCAACAACUGAUUCUUCAGUAGAGUCUUCUAAAGAUAAAUUGUCACAAAGAGAAUCACCCUCACAACAGAACGCUACAUCAAAGGACGAUGCAAAGGAUCAGCAUCAAAAAGACCAUAGUUCAGAAAAAGUAAUAAAUAAUCAUGAGAAGCAAUCACAGUCUUUGUUACAAAGGAGCACCUCAUCAGGAAAUAAAAGUCAAAAGCAGCAGACAGUAAUAACAAUGAAUAAUUCAAAGAAUGAGCAAGUGGCCGGACAAAAAUCAAAUUUAACUCAUACGUCCAUUACCUCGUCCACUCAUGUUGCUAGUCACACACAGCCAACAACCACUGCUAAACCCAGUUUUUCUACUAGAGUUCAGAAUUUAUUUAGCUCGCCAUUGAAUCUCUCUGACGUUCCAAAUUCUAAUGCCAACACAAUUUGUGAUGCAAAGAAUCACACUGUAUUUCCAAUUAAUAAUAAAGUCGAAAGUCAGAAUCAAGUUAAUAAGAAAAAUGAUAUUAACCAACUUAAUAAUAACCAAGAUGCUAAAAUGGAGUUAAUAAUUUUAGAAGAUACAGAUCAACUUAAAACAUCAAAAGAUAGUACAAAGCCUCUGCAGGAUAUUAUAUGAUACAUAAUGAUUUUUUUUAAUUGGUAUGGAAGUUAGAUGUCACCUGGUUAAUUGGACUUUGACCUUGUGAUAUAAAUCUGUCAAUGCUCCAUGUAAAAUGGAGCUAGCAGAAUUUUCUGAAUCAUCAGCUUGGUCCACAGUGGGAUCCACACAUUGUGGAUGUCCUCAGUCUGAUACUCAGGUUACAAGGAAUCCUGCUUGUGAUACCCUGUUUAGAGAGGUGAUACUCUCUGUACUGAUGUAAUGAUACAAUUGCCCUAGUAAAAAUGUUCCAAAGCUACAAUUGAAGGAUACCAGUCCGUCCAAAUCAAUCCUGACUUCAGUAUUUUAGCAUUGGCUAGUGUGAUCCUGUGACAGUUUUACUGGAUUUGUUUGUUACUUGCUGUGGCUACAAAGAAGGGGUUACUAGAAUUUGGAAAUUUCUAAACCCUAUUAUACAAAAGCAUAAUUUGUAAACCUUAUCAGCAUAUAUUUUGAUGUUUAAUUGACCCUUUUCCACUUCAGAGAUAAGAUUUUCUUAUGUUUAUAAAGACUGAUGUUUUGUUAAAGUUGAUAUGGGUAAUUAAAAUGAGAAGGCAAAGCUCUGACAUGCUCAUAUAUCUCGUGUAAAAUGUAAAUUUUUGUGUUACUUAGAUUGCGGAGCUAGAUUCAUAUUUUCAUGUGUUGCGUAUAAUUAGGUUGGCAAGUUCAUUGUUUAAAUAAAUCUAUUAAUUCUUAAACCUAUUGAGGAAUUUAAUAAUGAGAAUUGUAAAGAGGUAUACAGAAUAAUCGUCAUAGAAUAUAGGUUUAACACCUGAUAUUGAGCUAUUGGAAAUAUUAAAAUAGUUACAUGACCUUAUAGAAACUUAAAUGAAACAUUGCUUAGUUUUCCUGUAUAUGUUUAAUACGACUUGGUCUUUCACGAGAUUAUAUAUAUAUAUUUUGGCCAAAUAUAUAUAGAUAUAAGAAGUAGCUGCUAUAGGUGUUGGUUGGUGCCAUGGGUGCAAGUUGUCGACAGAAACUGUGCCAUUACUGCUGCGUGAUGGUUUGUGCCUAUUAAGGAUUUUCUUAUAUUGGUGCUAUUUUGAGUCACACAUGUCUGAGUAUUGUGAUGUAUAUGAUAGAAUCUAGACUCUUUUAAAUAUAAAAUAGUAUAUUCAAUUUACAUAGAAUUUUAUCUUGAUUAGCUCGUUUAUUAUUCACGUUUCUUAUCAGUUUUGCUUAGAUCUUGAACAUGAUGUUAUUUGCAUCUUGAACAAAAUAAGUACAGUAUAUUUCAAUUUUAUUCAAGGCUAGUCAAGAGUGUUGAUUUACAGCUUUUGUUCGUUAAUGGAUUCACAUGUACAGUGUGUCAUGUAAUGUGUAUAUCCAGUUACUUGACUGCAUUAUAGGUUGAAUUAUUUAUCCAAUUUUUUUUUUAUUUUUUUUUAAGAUAAUUGUAAGAAUUUUAAACUACCUAUUAUUUUCCACACGGUAGGAUGUGAUAGACAAGGUACAUACAAGAGUGCAGACCUGCCAACAGAUAUUUGGUAUAUUUUUUUUUUUUUGUAUAUUAUGGACUCUUUGGUACACAGCUACAGUUUAUAUUAAAAAUUUUAAAAUUUAUGGACUGAGGAAUAAGAUUUUUAAUGGUUGAUUUUAUCGAGGAAUUCCCGGUCAUCCACUCCCAUGUUCUCUAACUUGAGCUUUGGACCAUGACUAACCAGUCUUGUUGUGUGUUAGGUGGCAGAUGUACAAGUUUUGUUCUCCUUAAAUGUGCCAUUUUGGUAUUCAGUAGAAAGCCGUAAUUUUUCACUUGAAAGGUAAACAAAAAUUUUAAGGGAAGCAGCUCCUAAGAUAUGCUUCAAAACUGUCAAUAUAGGCUGUCUGCUUAGGGAAAGCUACAUAGCUUGUUUCUAGCUGAAUUUAGUAAUGAAUAUUUUAUAUAAAUUUCCAUGUGUAUGUACUGUGUAUAGUGUACAUGUGUGUGUAAAUAGUGUAGUUUCUGAAUGUGUUCAUGUGCCCACAUGAAUUUGCAUAUUGUACAUAUAUGGGAGACAUCACAUUCAAUAUGGAUAACAAUCUACUCCUUUCUAAUAUCUGGUAAAUCAGAUUGCAUCUGAUGCUAGACUUGAGUUGGUAGUGUGAAUAACUGUGGCAUGAAACAGAGCUGGUCUCUGUCAUCCAAGUUCCUACACUACUUACACUCCCCUGCCAAAAAGGCUCCCUCCUCCUUAUUCAUUAGUUUUGUAAAUUGUUAAGAAUUAUAUAUACUUAACUAUUUUAGUGCAUAUAAUGAUAUGGCAAAUCAGUCAGUCUACUUCUCAAUUUUGAGCUUGGAAAUGUUAUGCAUCAAAGAUUAGACGAGUGUCAUCAUUAUUAUGAUAAACAUUAAAAUCUUUUGUCUAUUCAUAUGGCUGUUCUUAUAUUGGGGGGUUUGUACAUCAGUAAUUUUGUAUGGAAAUAUGAAACGACUAUUAUUGUGUUAUGCGUAUUUUAUAAGCCUUGCCAAUUACAGUAUUUCCUUGUUAAUGAUGCUCUUUAUCUAAAUUUAAACUCUCAUGUAAAUACUUGGACACUAAGUGUUAUUUGUAUUAAAUUGAAAAUGUGUUUAAAUUCAUUCACACUGCCAUUAACUUGUUUAAUUAUGCAAUAUUUCAGCCACCCUCAGUGGCUGAUCCCUAGAAUGAUUGUAUAACAAACUGAAUAGAAAGGUAAAUGAUUUCACAAAAGGGGGUAUCGAGUCACUCAUUCUGAGCUCACUGAUGAAAUAGUAAGAAUUGAAAACAAAGUAUGAUCCUAGUUAUAGAAAAAACCUAUACUGUAUAGACUUAUGGGGGAAAUAAAGCUCGUACUCCUUUUUGCGUAACUUUUUGAGUGUAGUACCACUGUCAUCAAUACCCCAAAGAAAAAAUAUAGAAAAUUAAAAUAUCUUUGUAUUCUUGUUAUAGAAAAAACGUUUAGAUUACGGGGGAAAAACAAAUCAUUAUCUUAAACUUCUUUGUGCUUUCAAACUGAAACUGUGUAUGCAGUGGAAAAGCAUCCACGUGCGAUGAAUAUCCUGUCAUCGCCACGAAACAUCUUUGAAUCAACUCAAAACCAUUAUAUCGUCUAUUUCCACAAAUUCUUUCAGGCAGAUCCUAUUGUCAUCACAUUGUAAUAUUUUAAUUGAAUAAUCCAUAAAUAUCCCAUUUGACAAGCCACCGAGGGGACACGUUCACGUCACAUAGGCACCGAGGGCUUAAACUAUUUAAAUAACAUAGCCACAAUCUCUAGAAACUGUUUCAGUCAGAGGCAAUUACUCAUAUCUAAAGAUAUGCUUCUCGGUAUCCCUCAUAGUCUAAUGAACAAAUCCACAAGGGCCAUGACGAGGAUUCGAACCUACAUCCGAGAGCAUCCCAGACGCUGUCCUCAUAGUCUUAACAUGCAGUGAUUCUAUAUAGCAACCAGAAAUGUCUCAAAGCAGGUGGGUUAAUGACUUAUUUGAUGUAAAGCCAAAUUAACCAGGAAAUGUGUAGUAUUUGUGUCAACACAAAAUAUUCAAUGUUCAGUGAGCAGUUGAUAUUUUAUUGUUUUAAACCUUUUGCCAUUCAGUCACAAACAUUGGCUGUGUAGUAAUUGCCUGCUAUCAUGCAAGGCCCCCCCCCCCCCCCCCAAAAAAAAAAAAAAAGAUGCAUUUUUUAAAUUUUAAUAGCUGUGUGUGGUAAUCAGCCAACUGCCUUUGCAUUAUCAUGAAUCUGCAAUUGUUCUCUCUCUCCCCCCUGUGCAUAUUCAUGAGUUUGUUGUCUCCCAGAAUAGACUAUUCCACAAUUGAAUUGUUCAUCAAACAAGUAUAAAAUUUUCUGCACAGUUUGCAAUCAGAAAUGCAUUGUGUGUAGCCAUUUGCCUCCUAUAAGCAGACUGAAAUAAGUGGAUUAAAUUGACUUUUUCCAAAGUCAUAAACUCGUUUAGAAUUUAUUAAAAAGAACAUUGAAUAGUGAGAAUUUGGCUCUAAAUUCAUCAGCUACACAAUGUUUUUGACAAUCGAGUAAAAAAUUGGAAAGUAAUUCAACCUUAUGAAAGAAACCUUGACAGCAUCAGUGUAAUAUUUCAUAUCAAAGAUCAUUAUAUUCAUUCUCUGUAUUUUUAACUAAAAGUAUGCAUGCCACGUGGCAGAAAUUAUUUCCAGGUGUCAAGCCUGCCAGUCAACCACGUCCAUAACCAUGUUCCGUGCCAAUGUCUUUGUUUAAAUUUAUGUCAACAUACCCAUGUGACUUGUAUGAUCAGUGAUCAGCAGAUAUCUUGAACUUUAAUGCUAUGUAUUUGUAAGAAAUCUGGAUCUUGAGGUCUGGAUUUUUUGUGUGUAUAUAUAUAUUACACAUUAAUAUAUAUAUUAUAUUAUAUACAGUAUAUAUAUAUAUGAGAAAGGCUGCAGGAACAUGUAAGCCAUAAAUCACCAAGAACUCUAUAUGACCCCACUAGGAUUCGAACCCAUGACGUCCAGGAUCACCCCUAAACGUACACGGUAUUGUGACCACUGCAACAAUUGAUCGUUUAAUUAAAUUAAGUGAUCGUCUAGACGCUCAGUUGGUGCGGUAGUCGUGGUACUGUGUACUUUUAGGGGGGGAUCCUGGACGUCAUGGCUUUGAAUCCUGCUCGGGUCAUAUAGAAUUCUUAGUGAUUAUAUGUAUAUACUUGUGUAUACUUAUAUUUUUAUAUUGUGUAUAUAACACACAUGAAUCAAACAAAAUCUUGAGCUGUUGACCUGUGGAUGGUUAUGAUAGCAGUUGUAGAUUAGGGAUGCAUUAGAGCACUGGUUCAUGAUUGUGUAAAUGUAAGUGUAUCUUUAUAUAGGAUUUUCAUCUAGUGAUUUUUAGUUUUAUUGAUUUGGUUUUAUGUUCCUGUUUAUUUCAACCAAAGAAGUUGCAGGCUUGUGACUAAAGUCUAUUAUCAACAAUUCUGGUAAAAACCUUAAGAGUGCUUAAGUGGUUCAAAAUGUUGAAUAUAUAAUUUUAAAUUGGAUAGAUUUAUUUGGAGUUGAAUGUAUGUGUUUCUGUAGGGAUUGAGAAUAUGUAUUUGUUUGGGAUAGUAUAUUUAACAAGAAAAAUAUGUACACCCUACAAGCCCUAAAUGUAUGAUUCAGAAAGUUUGACCCUGCAUAGAGAUUUUAACAAGUCUUGAUUAUGAGAAGAGGCUAAAUAAUAUGGUAAUACAGGUAUAUAUAUAUCUUGUCAACAAAGUGUAAUAUUGGAUUCCCUAUCAAGGUUUUUAAUUUUUUUUAUUUAAUGACAUAAGCCAUCUUGGAGAACUAGCCAUUUAAAUUUUUAGAUAUAACUAAUAUCAGAACCUAGUCUAUUGCAAAUUUACAGAAAAUCUUUUGUAUCUAACUAUAGGUUCAUAUUAGUGUGGUGAAGCUCUUGUUAUAUUGGAGGGUCACAUCAGUAUUAUGCAGUUCUAGGCACUCUUACCAUUAUACAGGGGGUCCCAUAAGUCUAAAAUUAUUGGACUAAUUGAGGAAACAAGCUUUUAUUAGCUAUUAUUUUAUGCACAAUGUGUCAACCAUUACCGGCUGCAUAGUAUCGAUCAUAAUUACACGAUCGAUGUCGAGGUGAUGGUUAUAAACUUACGGGGUACCCUGUAUACCCUGAAUUUGGGUGGAGCCAAGCCAGUGUGUAUAAAUAUUAGAAGCUGAACAAAUUUAAUUCUAAAAUCUAAUAUGGCAAUUCAUAAAAAGCUCCAAGUUGUGGCUUAGUGGGUUAAUAAUGGUUUUUUAAUCUAAAAAUGUAUUGUUCCAUAUGCCUGUGGCAUUUAAUAUAAUGUUUGAUAAUUAGAAAUCAUAAAAAUAUCUUUGCAAACAUGGUAAUAAUUAAAUUAGUUUUAUAUUUGGAGUUUAUUUUUAGGAGUGCCACAAAGUAAUAUUUUUAUUGUCACACUCCAUCUAUACAUGUUUGCGAGACAAAUGAUCAAAAGAAAUCUACAAAUCAUUAAUAUCAAUGUGUUUGAUAUUUUCCAAGCCAUUGAUUCAUGACAGUUCAUUAAUGGUCAUUGACAGUUAUUCAAAUCUUGGUAACUUAGUGAUAGUCUAUUAUAUAUGACUGGUAAGUGUCACACCUUGAUGCUUAUGCCAUAAUUUGUUCCUACCAUGGUACUUUUUCUCCCCCCCCCCCCUCUCCUACACCCUCCUAUUUUAUUAAACUGCCUUCAUGUAAUUUAUAGCUCAUUUCAGUCUUAAUUAUUAUUUCAUACAUAAAAUUGUGUUAAUUUUCCUCCAAGGAUGCAGCCGUGUCUGUAACGUCUUCCAUAUAGUCAUUGAAUGUUAUGUUAGGUGUUGCUUAUUUCAAUAAAAAAACUUUCCCUUUUCAUGAAAUUUAUAAAAAGUCACAUUACACAAUCUCGUCAAAGCAGCUUUAUAACAAAGCGAGUAUCAUUCCUAAUGGAUUUAAUUUGUUAAUUCAACGUGAGGCUGUAUGAAUCUCAUUUUUAAAAAUUUUACAAAAUUUAAUAGGAUCUGAAGAUUAUGCAAGCUUUAAUUAUUGAUAUUACUUGUUUAACAGUCUUUUUGAAGGGCACGUUAUCAAAUUUUUUGUCUUUCUUGAUACAUGGCUGUUUGAAAUAAAUAAAGGUGGUGAUAAAC